AACCGUCGCGUGCUGGGGUUAAGCCGGUAGUUUGGACUCGGGAUAUCUGUAGGAACUUCCAUAGCACUAAGAGCAGCCUUAAAUACUAAUACAAGCAUUUAUCGUUUACGGUUAAUUUCAAGGUAACCUUUAAAGCGCGCGAUGGCUGAGAAGAUAGACAUGGAGCGGGGAAAGGCGUCCAACGGCGACGCGCACCUCUCUGACUCCCGGGCCGCCGGGCUGAACGGCCCGGGGAGCAGCGAGUCCCUGCCGGAGAAGGUGAAGAGGAUCGUGAGAGCCAACCUCCUGGUGAUCCUCACCGUGGCCGGCGUCAUCGUCGGCGUCUUCAUCGGACUCGGCGUGCGCAACGUGGCGCUGACCAGGACCCAGGUCAUUUACAUCGGCUUCCCCGGCGAGCUGCUCAUCCGGCUGCUGAAGAUGAUCAUCAUCCCCCUGGUGGUGUGCAGCCUGGUGUCCGGGGCGGCCAGCAUCGACCCCAAAGCCCUGGGCAAGCUCGGCGGCUGGGCCAUGCUCUUCUUCCUGGUCACCACUCUGAUCGCCUCGUCCAUCGGGGUCGUGAUGGCAUUCAUCAUAAAACCCGGCUCGGUGGAGAUCCAAGCGGGGAACCAGGGUCCGGAGGAUGAUAGCGUGCCCGCCUCCAAAGAAGUCAUAGACUCCUUUUUAGACUUGAUCAGGAACAUCUUCCCCUCCAACCUGGUGUCUGCUGCCUUUCAGUCGUAUGCCACCAGCUACAAAAUGAUGACCAGAAAUGGAACUGAUGGAAACCCCAACAUCACUGUGGAGAAGGUGCCGUUUGGAACCGACCAGGACGGCAUGAACAUCCUGGGCCUGGUGGUGUUCGCCAUUGUGUUCGGCGUGGCUUUGCGCAAGCUGGGGGAGGAGGGCGAGAUCCUCAUCAAGUUCUUCAACUCCUUCAACGAGGCCACCAUGGUUCUGGUCUCCUGGAUCAUGUGGUACGCUCCUCUCGGUAUCAUGUUCCUCGUCGCCGGCAAGAUCGUGGAGAUGGAGGACGUGGGCACGUUGUUCGCCAGCCUGGGCAAAUACAUCGCCUGCUGCAUCAUCGGACACGCCAUCCACGGCCUGCUAGUGCUGCCCGGCAUCUACUUCAUCAUCACCAGGAAGAACCCAUACACCUUCCUCUGGGGCAUCUUCACAGCUCUGGCGACCGCGUUUGGGACCAGCUCCAGCUCCGCCACGCUGCCCCUGAUGAUGAAGUGCGUGGAGGAGAACAACGGCGUGUCCAAGCACAUCAGCCGCUUCAUCCUGCCCAUCGGCGCCACGGUCAACAUGGACGGGGCGGCGCUCUUCCAGUGCGUGGCCGCCGUCUUCAUCGCUCAGCUCAACAAGGUCUCGCUGGACUUCGUCCAAGUCGUCACCAUCCUUGUGACGGCCACAGCGUCCAGUGUGGGCGCGGCGGGCAUCCCUGCUGGCGGGGUGCUGACCCUCGCGAUCAUCCUGGAGGCCGUCGGGCUUCAGACCAAAGACAUUUCCCUCAUCUUGGCCGUGGACUGGCUUGUCGAUCGUACCUGCACGGUGCUGAACGUGGAGGGCGACGCCUUCGGCGCCGGGCUCCUGCAGCACCUCGUGGACCGCCAGGCCAAGAAGGAGGAGGGGGCAGAGCUGAGCGAGAUCCGGGCGGAGGGGGAGGCGCCGGCCGCCGCGCCCGAGCACUCGCCGCUCAUCGAGAGGCGAGGCGGCAACGGCACCAAGGCGGCGCCGUCCAGUGAAAAGGAGUCGGUCAUGUGAGGCAGCUCACGGCGCCGAGCCCUUGGACUCACUCCACUCCAGAUGAACACUGGGGUUCGAAGCCUUCUGUUCUUUUUUUUUUUUUUUUUCUUUUUUUUUUCUAGCCCUGAAACAAAAGGUGUUUGGAGAGAGACUGGACACGAACAUAAAAACUGUCCUCCACACCUUUCGCCGGGGAAACCUAAAACGUUAUAGGAGAAAUUCAAACUCCGAAUUAUGCAAAGACUUUUCUUUUCUUUUGAGGGACGUUGUCCCGUGUUAGUCUGGCUGCUGUCUGGAGGCUAACUUUGCACGACUUUAAAUUCUAAAGUCAGGAGUUUAGUAUGUGACCAACGUUUGUGUCCACUGAGGUGUUUAGAGGCCAGACCAGCGAGUCCCCCUGCGAGACACAGUGGACGAGUUCAAACUGAGAAAUGACUUCUAACUGUUGCGUGUGUUAAUGAUGGAGGAAUGGAAGUUACAUGAAUAGAGUCAAACAGGACCUUGUAUGUAGGGAAAUGUGGAACAAUCCAAUUCCGAGAUUUCCAGGAUCAGAUGAUUGGUUUGGUUAAAAUCUUCUGAGAAGUGAGAUCUGAAAAAACCCAGACAAUCAAUAAUUAGCUUUAAAGAGUUUUACUGCAUGUCUUUAUGGCCAGUUUCAUUUAACGGUAUAUUUUAAUUAUGCCUUUUGUAUAUGAAUCACUACUUCUAUACACUGACCAUAAUCUAUAGAUUUUACUUACAUUAUACAAACAAUAAUACAUUGUAACAUGCAAAUUUGCUUUUGCUAAAACUGCAGAAACUUUUUCAGGUGGCCGACAUCUUUUACAGUCUGAUUUUAAUGACUCCUUGAAGUGGCUGCUGUUGGAAAAGCUGCUCCUUCAUGUAUGUUCCCACAGGCACACCAAAUGAAACCCUGUCCACGGCGCCAUAAGGCCGGGGGCCUCUUUGCCCCUUCACGUGGACAUUUAGUGCUGUAGCAGGUCGACACAAUCUCAGGUUCACCUUUAGCUUGAAGACUCUCCUCCAGCUGCUCCACAACACUCCGAGACCAAAAAUCACACACCCAUCCAGCAAACGGGAAGGAGACUCCAGACGACACUUAUAGACAUUUCCAGGGAUGUAUGCUUUUUUUUAAAAAAAAAUCAUUAUUGUUCUAGCCAAUAUUUUAUUACUGCUGUUUCUUUUUGUAGGUCCCAGCAUUUUAAAGCACAAAUGGUUUUGAAGCACAGUGUGCAUGUGUGUGUUGCGGACAUUUUUUUUAUUAUUGUGGGAAAAAAACUGUAAAAAAUUCCCUGUACUACAAAGCUACUAGAAAAGCAGUAGUGGACUGUUAAACCUGCAGGAGGCGGACCUCAAAUUGAACAGAUCUGACCAUAAACAUGAAGUUGUUCGAACCUCCUUGAGACCCUGUUGAUGGUUGAUUAGUUAUGUAUAUAUUUAUUUCUCAAGCUCUCAAAAUCCAAAGAAGGUUUUUUGUGAGUAAGGUGCUUCCAUCUGACGCUUCUCUCAAAUGUACUCUGCAUUCAGUAAAGUUCAGGACGUGAUGUUGGAGAACAUGAUGUGGCAGUAACGGGAUGAGCUAAUCUGCUUUAACCACAGAGCAGGCUCUUUCAUCACAUCCAACCCCACUAAUUUAUACAAACGUGUUUCUUUUCCCAGGUUAGUCUGUUUUCUGCAUCAGCUGCAUUUGUAUGAUGCUUUUUCACGUUAUCUAGUGCAGUCUCUACCUGGGUGCUACUCGUGGCCUCGGACCUCUUGUUCUUAGUUGCUUUUUUUGGUACAAGGUUGUUGUCAUUCCUUCAUGAGAUUAUUAACCAUGUUUCUCGCUCAGUGAGUGACUGAGUAUGCACAUAGUAUAUGGAAUGACUGCGUUGUAACGGGCCUAUGUUUCAAAGAAUACUCACGAGUUUGAAUUGACCCUUUGUAGUCUUUGGAGAACGUGCAGAGGCGUCUGUGGGAUCCAUGCAGCCUUUAUGCAGAGUGGCACAUGUAACAAUAAACUAAGUUUUGUAAAUUAA